AUGACUGAUCAACUAAGAUCAACUUUAUAUUACGCGAGAUUAGUAGAACUUAAACCUAUUGUUCUUGAAUCUGCGCGUAGGAAAUGGCGCGAAACGCGAGUCGAUAUAUUUCAUAAUGCAAGAUUUUGUGACAAAAUUUUAGAUACAAGGCCUGACGAAAUAUGUUAUAUGAUUGGAACAGUUUAUAUUGAAAUGGCUAACAAACCAAAUAUUCUUGAUGAAAUUACUAAAGAUCAUACAGAACCCCCGCCUCCACCAGUUUAUAAAUAUUGUGGUGAUAAUGAUGAUAUUAUGUUGGAGGAUGGAUCUGGAAGAAUAAGUUUAGUUGGUGACGUAAUAAAAAAUGAAAUAUUAACUACAGGUGUAAUAAUGGCAGUAUUAGGCAGACAAACAUCGGAUGGAAAAUUUGAAGUAAUGGACCUUUGUUUUGCUGACUUAGCACCUCAAGAAGUUGUACAUCGUAUGGAACUAGAUGAGCAAAAUUAUGUAGCUUUUAUCAGUGGUAUGAAUAUUUCUGAAGAUAGUUUAUCGAGAUUACAAAUGCAAAUGAUGGUUGAAUAUUUAACUGGUGAACUUGGAAACCUUCAUGAUCAAAACGUUACUUCUAAAAUAUCAAGGGUAAUCGUAGUAGGAAAUAGUUUAAAAGAACAAAAACAUACAAGACAAGGAAAUGAUAAUUCUGGUCUUAAUAAUGAAUUAUUUUCAGAAUUAGAUUAUAUUUUUGAUGAUAUAUGCAAGUCAACUCCCUUAGAUUUAAUGCCAGGAGCCAAUGAUCCAACAAAUACAACUUUUCCACAACAACCAAUUCAAGUCAAUUUAUUCACAAAAGCUCAUCAAAACUCAAAUUUUAAUUGCACAUCAGGUCAAACAAUCGAUGAUAUUUUUAGAUAUGUAGAAUCUGAUGAUAGACUUUUAUUUGCUGAGAAAACUUUAUAUUGGAGACAUAUUGCACCAACUGCACCUGAUACUCUAUUUUGUUAUCCAUUCCAAGAUGAAGAUCCUUUAAUAAUAAACCAAACACCCCAUGUUUACUUUAUUGGAAAUCAAAAAGAAUUUAAAACCUGUUUAUUAAAAGGAUCAAAGAAUCAAACUACACGAAUAAUCUUACUGCCUACAUUUUCUACAACAGGAUUGAUAAAAUCUCGUAAUCAUGCAGAAUCUGAGAAAGAAGAUUCACAUCGUAAGUCAAACCAUUCUAAAGAUAAUACAAAUAGAAAAACUCGUGUUGGUGAUUCACAUUCGCAUGAACCAAAAAUUAGCUCUUCUUUAACGGAGGCAAUGAGCGAUGUGAUUACCGUUGGUGAGAAGGACCAAACUACUCAUAUAACUAAUGGUCAUGAAACUGCUAAUGGUGAAACUGAGUCACAAGCCAACUCUAAUGAGAUAAAGUCUUCUGAUUCGAAAACGUCUGCAACAGUUGCUGCUUUACUUGAUCAAGAAGAAAAAAUUCGUCAAAGAAGGGAACGCGAAUCUUUUACCACUACAGCAGAAAAUUUAGCCCUAGAAAAUCAAGAAGAACAGGAAAUUUCAAACAAAGGUGGUUGGACUUUAGAUAACGAUGAUGAAGAUGAUUCUAUGGAAGUAGAUACCUCAACAGGUUUUGAUCAUUCAUAUUAUCAUACAUUGCCUACAUCUUCUGUCGAUCUAUUACCAAUCCCAAAAUCGAUUGAUAAAAGUGAGCCACAAACACUACAGUUUAGAAGAAACCCUCUUCUUGGCCCUUCUAAUAAGAAAACUUCAUCCCAAAAUGUUAAGGGUAAGUCAACAAAAGAAGGAGUUCGUGAAGAAAUUGAUAAAUCUUCAACAUCAUCAACCAAAUUCACGUUGUUUAAAGAUCAAUCCGAUAAAACGAUGGAUAUUAAUAAUUCUGAAGAUGAUGAGGAUCCACUUGAUGCUUACAUGAAAGAUGUUGAAGUAGAAGUAGAACAUUUAAAUGAACAAGAUAAAAAACGAGCAAGACAAUCUAUAAAAGGAAGUAGUGAUCCUGAAGAUAUUUUAGCACUUGCUGCCAAAAAACUUAAAAAGAAAGAUUUGGCUAUAGUUGAUCAUUCCCAAGUUAAAUAUGAGCCAUUUAGAAAAGAUUUUUAUAUUGAACCUCCCGAGAUGCGUGAUAUGAUUCCUGAUCAAGUAGAUUUAGUUAGAAUAGAGUUGGGUGGCAUCAAAAUCAGGGGUGUUGAUUGUCCAAAACCUAUUCAAAAAUGGACUCAUGCUGGUUUACCUGCAGCAUGUUUGGGAAUUAUAAAAAAAUUAAAUUUUGAAAAACCUACACCAAUACAAUCGCAAGCAAUUCCUGCUAUUAUGGCAGGUCGUGAUGUUAUCGGAGUAGCUAAGACCGGUAGUGGAAAAACUAUUGCUUUUCUUCUUCCAAUGUUUAGACAUAUUAAAGAUCAACGUCCUUUAGAACAAAUGGAAGGUCCUGUAGCCAUAAUAAUGACUCCAACAAGAGAAUUAGCUGUGCAAAUUCAUAAAGAAUGUAAACAUUUUUUAAAAGGUUUAAAUCUUAGAGCGGUUUGCGCAUAUGGUGGAUCGCCUAUUAAAGAUCAAAUAGCAGAAUUGAAGCGUGGUGCAGAAAUCAUUGUUUGUACACCAGGGCGUAUGAUUGACCUAUUGUGUGCUAACUCUGGACGUGUUACUAAUUUAAGAAGAGUUACUUACCUUGUGUUAGAUGAAGCUGAUCGUAUGUUUGAUAUGGGAUUUGAACCUCAGGUAAUGAAAGUUGUUAACAAUGUAAGACCCGACCGUCAGACUGUAUUGUUUUCUGCGACGUUUCCUCGACAGAUGGAAUCAUUAGCAAGAAAAGUUCUUAAGAGGCCUCUUGAAAUUACUGUAGGUGGUCGUAGUGUUGUAGCUCAAGAUGUGACUCAAAUUGUUGAAGUUCGUGAAGAAAAUACAAAAUUUGUUCGUUUAUUGGAAAUUUUAGGUCAACAAUACAAUGAUGAUCCUGAAGCUAGAACCCUUAUCUUUGUCGAUCGACAAGAAGCUGCCGAUAAUCUAUUACGUGAUUUGAUUCAUAAAGGGUAUCCUUGUAUGUCUUUGCAUGGUGGCAAGGACCAAUUGGAUCGUGAUAGUACCAUUGCUGAUUUUAAAUCAGGAGUCUGUCAAAUAUUGGUUGCAACUUCUGUUGCGGCUCGUGGUCUUGACGUAAAACAAUUGAAACUUGUUACUAAUUACGAAUGCCCUAAUCAUAUGGAAGAUUAUGUACAUCGUGUUGGUAGAACUGGACGUGCAGGUAAUAAAGGUACGGCAUAUACUUUUAUUACACCUGAACAGGAUAGAUAUGCUAUGGAUAUUGUUAAAGCAUUAAAAUUAAGUGGCGGUCACGUAAGUCUUGAGUUACAACAAUUAGCUGACGGUUUUCAGGAAAAAGUUAAGGCUGGUAACGCUACCUAUUCAGGUUCAGGCUUUGGUGGCAAAGGACUUGAAAAAUUAGACGAGGCAAGAGAUUUAGUUAAAAAGGCACAAAGAAAGAAAGAAGAAGCUGAACAAAUUGCUACAAAUCCGGUUCAAAAAGCUUCUUCACCCGCUGAAGCUGCUGCUCGCGUUAAUGCUAGUGUUGGAACUAGUGGUGUUCAAAGAGCCAAAGAUAUUAUUGCAGAUAUUAACGCAAGAUUUAAAGAUAACCCUGUACAUGGCAAUGUUUCUGAAGCUGAUAAGACGGAAAAUACAGCCGAAUAUAGUGUCGAAAUUGAAAUAAACGAUUAUCCACAAAAAGCACGAUGGAAAGUUACAAAUAAAGAACAAAUUUCUCAAAUUACAGAGCUUACUGGUGCGGCAAUUACUACACGUGGUACAUAUUAUCCACCAGGGCGUCAACCUGUACCUGCUUCUGGUGAAAGAAAACUUUAUUUAUUUGUUGAAGGGGAAAAUGAAUAUGUUGUUGAGAAGGCUAAAAAUGAAAUUAAAAGAAUUUUAACUGAAACUACAUUAAGCGCAAUUGAGGCUGAAUCAAGAAGUGUACCAACAAAAAAAUUUCAUAUCUUUUAA